GUCGAGAAAAGAGCGAAGAAAAAGGGGCGGAGGACCAAGAGGAGUGGAAGGCGGACGCAAACAGGAAGAGCACGAACAAAGAGCAGAAACAAGAAAGGGACCGAGGGAAUAGCAGGAGGACCAGAUGAGGGAAUAGGAGGAGGAGGAGGAGGACCAGAUGAGGGAAUAGGAGGAGGAGGAGGAGGAGGAGGACCAGAUGAGGGAAUAGGAGGAGGACGAGGAGGAGGAGGAGGACCAGAUGAGGGAAUAGGAGGAGAAGGAGGAGGACCAGACGAGGGAAUAGGAGGAGGAGGAGGAGGACCAGAGGAGGGAAUAGGAGGAGGAGGAGGAGGACCAGAUGAGGGAGGAUGUGAAGGAACAGUCGGUGAGAGGAAUGACCAGUGCCCAACCACAGGAAAGAACAGACUGAGUACGAAGAAGAAGAAGAAGAAGAAGAAGAAGAAGAAGAAGAAGAAAAAGUGAAUCACCCUCCCCUCCGUCUCCUUCCUCCUGGCUCUUCCCAACCACACAAACACACGAGUUCCCUUUUGCUCAUACAAACCGCG